AUGAUCCUGCGGCCUUCUCUUCUGGCCGUUGCCCGCCCUCUCACCACCGUGGCCGUCGCGGCGGCCGUCCGCCGCGGGGACCUCGCCGGCGCCGAGGAGGCCUUCGCGUCGACGCAGCUCAAGACCACGACCACCUACAACUGCCUCCUCGCGGGAUACGCGAAGGCGUACGGUCCAGGCCGCCUCGCGGACGCACGCCGCUUGUUCGACAGUAUCCCGCACCCGGACGCCGUCUCCUACAACACGCUCCUGUCCUGCCACUUCGCCUGCGGCGACAUUGAUGGCGCGUGGAGAGUCUUCUCCACGAUGCCCGUCAGGGACGUCACGUCCUGGAACACCAUGGUCUCCGGGCUCUCCAAGAACGGGGCCAUCGAGGAGGCCGAGGCCAUGUUCCGGGCCAUGCCGGCGAGGAAUGCUGUUUCCUGGAAUGCGAUAGUUGCCGCGCUCGCGUCCUCUGGAGACAUGGGCGCGGCGGAGGACUUGUUUAGGAAUGCGCCGGAGAAGACGGAUGCCAUUCUCUGGACUGCAAUGGUGUCAGGGUACAUGGACAACGGCAAUGUCCAGAAGGCCAUGGAAUUCUUCAGGGCAAUGCCUGUGAGGAACUUGGUUUCAUGGAAUGCCGUUGUCGCUGGGUAUGUCAAAAAUUCACGCGCAGGCGAUGCUUUGAGGGUGUUCAAGACCAUGGUUGAGGAUGCUAUUGUGCAGCCAAAUGCGUCAACGUUAAGUAGUGUGCUUCUUGGGUGCAGUAACCUGUCUGCACUUGGAUUUGGGAGGCAGGUACAUCAGUGGUGCAUGAAGUUGCCUCUUAGUAGGAGCGUCACUGUGGGCACAUCUCUUCUCAGCAUGUACUGCAAAUGCAGCGAUUUGAAUGACGCUUGCAAGCUGUUUGAUGAGAUGCGUACAAAGGAUAUAGUUGCAUGGAACGCCAUGAUUUCUGGCUAUGCCCAACAUGGGGAUGGAAGGAAAGCUAUCAAGUUAUUUGAAAAAAUGAAGGAUGAAGGAGUGGUGCCAAACUGGAUUACAUUGUUGGCAGUAUUGACAGCUUGUAUCCACACCGGAUUGUGUGAUUUUGGAAUCCAGUGCUUUGAAACAAUGCAGGAAGCAUAUAACAUUGAACCCCAGGUUGAUCAUUACUCAUGUAUGGUGGAUCUUCUCUGCCGAGCUGGUCUGCUUGAAAGAGCUGUCAACAUGAUCCAUUCAAUGCCCUUUGAGCCGCAUCCUUCUGCCUAUGGCACCUUGCUGACUGCUUGUAGAGUUUAUAAGAACUUGGAGUUUGCCGAGUUUGCUGCUAGAAAGCUGAUUGAACAGGAUCCACAGAAUGCAGGCGCCUAUGUACAGCUGGCAAAUAUUUAUGCUGUGGCAAAUAGGUGGGCUGAUGUCUCUAGAGUACGGAGAUGGAUGAAGGAUAAUGCGGUAGUGAAAACACCUGGGUAUAGCUGGAUGGAGAUAAAGGGCGUGAGACAUGAGUUCAGAUCUAAUGACAGAUUGCAUCCUCAGCUUGGUUUGAUUCAUGACAAGUUGGACCGCUUGGAGGAGCUGAUGAAGGCAAUGGGAUAUGUUCCUGAUCUUGAUUUUGCACUGCAUGAUGUUGAGGAGAGUCUAAAGUCACAAAUGCUGAUGAGGCACAGCGAAAAGCUUGCCAUCGCUUUCGGUCUGAUUAGCACUUCCCCUGGGAUGACCUUGAGGAUCUUCAAGAACCUCAGGAUCUGUGGAGAUUGUCAUAAUGCAGCCAAGCUUAUAUCCAAAAUCGAGGAUCGAGAAAUAAUACUUAGGGAUACCACACGGUUCCACCAUUUUAGAGUCUGUGUCUUGGAGGAUAUGAUGCGAGGGAAGCCAGGAUAUGAACACCUGAAUGAACCCCUUCAUAUAUUGGUUGAGGCAGAGCUACCUGUUGGAAUCAUUGAUGCUCGCCUGAUGCAAGUCCGCGAGAUCCUUGAAGAUCUGCUAAAGCCUGUGGGUGAAUCCCAGGACUUCUUCAAGAAGCAGCAGCUACGGGAGCUUGCAAUGCUUAAUGGCACCCUUCGUGAGGAAGGGAUGCAGAGAUCCGGUUCAGCGUCCCCUUUCCACAACAGCCUUGGAAUGAAGAGAGCUAAGACAAGGGGGUAA